GCCGUCUGGCACAGUCGCCUCCAGCUCACUUUCUGGAGAAAAACUAGUUGGCUCUAAAUUUUUUUUUGCGGAGCUUCACUCAGAACAUCCUUAAUUUCUUUAUUUUUCUUUAUUUUUUUUAUUAUUUUAAUUUUCCAAAUCCUCCUGGAUACUGUUUUUGGUGUGCUCAGCAGCGUGCUGUUGCGGGACGUGAUGUAGCCCCCAGCCCCGGAGGACGGUGUGCUUUUCCAGGGGAUGUAAGAGACGGAGCCGAGGACGCUGCCGGUUCACCGGGACGCGCCACCCCGGAGCGCCGCAGCCGCACCGACAGACACAACACAGGCGCUUUCCCGAGGAUAUUCACUUCGGGUUCGCGGCUCUGCGUCCUCCACGAGUCCCGUCCUCACGCACAAGGACCGCCCGAGAGACAGUUGAGAGACAGAUGAACGCUCAGUGAACGAGAGCAGCUGCGCUGCUGCGGCUCCAGCAGCCUUUUCUAAAUCCGCGGACGCAACAUGCGGGUAUUAUCCGGAAUGUGACACGCAGGGAUUGUAAACUGCAACACUAGAGAACUGCACUCCUUCUGACGCCAGAGAUUUUGGAAAGCUUCUGGGAUCGGAGCAGCAGGACUUGUGGUCUUUUGGGAAGAGUGGUGCAGUGGACAGAACUGUGCCAUAAAGGAAGCACCCGGUUGGGGCGUUUACCGGAAAAAAGAAGAAGGAAAAAGAAAUCAAUUUGGUACUGAUCUCAUUUGGGACUUUCAGCAGCAGGCGGUGAGAGCAGGAGGCCAUGUGGACCGCACGCCUGCUAGUCCUCGCCAGCCUCUUUGCGCCCGCCGCACUGGCUUUCAGUCGAGCGCCCAUCCCCAUGGCGGUGGUGAGGAGGGAGCUGUCGUGUGAGAGCUACCCCAUCGAGCUGCGCUGCCCGGGCACGGACGUCAUCAUGAUCGAGAGCGCCAACUACGGCCGCACCGACGACAAGAUCUGUGACGCGGACCCAGCGCAGAUGGAAAACACGCGGUGCUACCUGCCUGACGCGUACAAGAUCAUGUCUCAAAGAUGCAACAACAGGACCCAGUGCGCCGUUGUGGCCGGACCAGACGCAUUUCCCGACCCGUGCCCGGGGACCUACAAAUAUCUGGAGGUCCAAUACGAAUGCGUACCCUACAAAGUGGAACAAAAAGGCUCCUCAGUAUUCCUGUGUCCAGGGCUUCUACGGAGGGUGUACCAGAGCGAGCACCUCUUCGAAUCGGAUCACCAGUCUGGAGCCUGGUGCAAAGACCCCCUCCAGGCCUCUGACAAGAUCUACUACAUGCCUUGGACACCUUACCGCACAGACACCCUUACCGAAUACUCAUCCAAGGAAGACUUCAUUGCUGGAAGGCCAACGACAACCUACAAGCUUCCACAUCGUGUUGACGGAACGGGCUUUGUGGUCUACGAUGGCGCACUGUUCUUCAACAAGGAGCGCACACGCAACAUUGUUAAGUUUGACCUGCGAACUCGUAUCAAGAGUGGAGAGGCCAUCAUAGCUAGCGCCAACUAUCAUGACACAUCUCCGUACCGCUGGGGAGGGAAAUCAGACAUAGACUUGGCUGUAGAUGAAAAUGGCCUCUGGGUGAUUUAUGCAACUGAGCAAAACAACGGACGGAUCGUUAUCAGUCAGCUCAAUCCUUACACGCUACGAGUUGAGGGGACGUGGGACACGGCAUACGACAAACGCUCGGCAUCAAACGCCUUCAUGAUUUGUGGAAUCCUCUAUGUAAUAAAGUCAGUGUACGAGGAUGAUGACAACGAAGCCACAGGAAACAAGGUCGACUACAUCUACAACACAGAACUAAGUAAAGACAGCUACCUGGACAUCCCGUUCCCCAACUCUUAUCAGUACAUUGCUGCUGUGGAUUAUAAUCCUAGGGACAAUAUGCUGUACGUUUGGAACAAUUACCACGUUGUCAAGUACUCUCUGGACUUUGGAGCAUUGGAUAACAGACUCGAAACUUCCUCGUCUGUAAUGAUAUACAUGGAUACAACAACUUCAACAAGUACCACUACUCGACCUUCCAGCGUUACCAUGAGAAGCACGUCAGCCAGGACCACGACUACUGACGUACCUCCGACAACAAUCGCAAUGGCUCAGUGGCCACAGACGACUUUAACAGCCCCAGUCCAGACGCUCGUGGAAGCUUUGGAGCCACAAGACAAUGACAGAGCACCACCGUCUUCCAAGCUUCCCAACUUCAGGGUGGAAUACUGCAAUCCCCUAGUGAUGAUGGACAUCUCCUGGCCCAAGACCAAACAGGGCACGGUAGCCAAAAUGCCCUGUCCACCUGGAACCAUAGGUGUAGCCGCAUAUAUCUGCAUGGGUCCGGACGGAUACUGGGACCCGCAGGGCCCCGACUUCAGCAACUGUUCCUCCCCUUGGGUUAACACCAUCAACCAGAAGAUAAAAGCUGGAGAGACUGCAGCAGUCAUUGCCCGAGAGCUGUCGGAGCAAACCAAGAUGAAUCUCCAGGCGGGUGACAUCACCUACACGGUGAAGGCCAUGAUUCAGCUGGUGGACCUGCUGGACGUGCAGCUCAGGAACCUCACGCCGGGCGGCAAAGACAGUGCAGCGCGGAGCCUCAAUAAGCUGCAGAAGAGAGAGCGCUCAUGUCGGUUUUAUGUUCAGGCCAUGGUGGAGACGGUUAACAACCUGCUGCAGCCGCAGGCGCGGGCGGCGUGGAGGGAGCUGAGCACGGGCGAGCAGCUGAGGGCCGCCACCAUGCUGCUGGACACGGUGGAGCAGGGGGCCUUCGUCCUCGCCGACAACCUGCUGAAGACGGACAUCGUGCAGGAGAACACCGACAACAUCCAGCUGGAGGUAGCAAGGAUGAGCACAGAUGGGAAGUUGCCAGAUCUGAAGUUCCCCCAAAGUGGAGGACAAGGCAACUCUAUCCACCUGUCGGCUAACACGCUGAAGCAGCAUGGAAGAAACGGUGAAAUUCGAAUUGCCUUCGUGCUGUACAAACACAUCGGAGUCUACCUUUCUACAGAGAACGCCAGCAUGAAGUUGGGCAUUGAAGCCAUGGCGACCAAUUACUCCGUCAUUGUCAACUCACCAGUCAUCACAGCUGCAAUCAACAAGGACACUAAUAAAGUCUACCUCUCUGACCCCGUCAUUUUCACCAUCAGACACUUGCAGCAAUCUGAGGAGAACUUCAACCCCAACUGUUCCUUCUGGAGUUACUCUAAGCGAACGAUGACUGGUUACUGGUCGACGCAGGACUGCCGCUUGCUCGGCACCAACAGGACACACACCACGUGCUCCUGUACUCACCUCACAAACUUUGCUGUGCUGAUGGCCCAUGUUGAUGUCAAGAACACAGACCCCGUUCAUGACAUGCUUUUGGAUGUCAUUACCUGGGUGGGCAUCCUCCUGUCCCUGGUGUGCCUGCUCAUCAGCCUCUUCACCUUCUGCUUCUUCCGUGGCCUCCAGAGUGAUCGCAACACCAUCCACAAGAACCUGUGCAUCAGUCUUUUCAUCGCUGAAUCCCUCUUUCUGGUGGGGAUCAAUCGGAGUGACCAGCCGAUUGCCUGUGCCGUUUUUGCCGCCCUGCUCCACUUCUUCUUCCUGGCGGCGUUCACGUGGAUGUUCCUGGAGGGCGUGCAACUCUACAUCAUGCUGGUGGAGGUGUUCGAGAGCGAGCACUCGCGCCGGCGCUACUUCUACAUGGUGGGCUACGGCGUCCCCGCGUUAAUCGUGGCCGUCUCAGCCGCGGUGGACUACCGCAGUUACGGCACGGACCGAGUUUGCUGGCUUCGCCUGGACACGUACUUCAUUUGGAGUUUCAUAGGACCAGCAACCUUGAUAAUUAUGCUCAACGUGAUCUUCCUGGGCAUCGCUCUCUACAAGAUGUUCCAUCACACAGCCAUUCUGAAACCAGACUCCGGUUGCCUGGACAACAUCAACUACCGGUAUUAUGAUGGAUGUGUUAUUGUGGAAUGGCACUGCUAUCAGGAUUAUGAACCUGAGAUCAAAUCGUGGGUGAUUGGUGCCAUAGCCUUGCUGUGUCUGCUGGGCCUGACCUGGGCCUUUGGGCUCAUGUACGUCAACGAGAGCACCGUGGUCAUGGCUUACCUCUUCACCAUCUUCAAUUCCCUGCAGGGAAUGUUCAUCUUCAUCUUCCACUGUGUACUGCAGAAGAAGGUGCGUAAGGAGUAUGGGAAGUGCCUGCGUACUCACUGCUGCAGUGGCAAGAGCGUUGACAGCUCCAUGGGUUCUGUGAAGGGCAGCGCCUCUCGCGCUCCAGGACGUUAUUCUGCAGGGUCACAGAGUCGCAUCCGCCGAAUGUGGAACGACACAGUCAGAAAACAGUCCGAGUCCUCUUUCAUGACCGGCGACAUCAACAGCUCCGCGUCACUCAACAGAGGGGCUAUGGCUAACCAUCUUAUACCUAAUGCACUCCUACGUCCUCAUGGCACUAAUAAUCCCUACAAUACAUUGCUUGGGGAUUCGGCAGUCUAUAACAACCCUCUGGGCAUGUACAACACACAAGAGCCCUACAGAGAGACAAAGGGAAUCCUGAACAAUGCCCGGGAUACAAGUGUCAUGGAUACUCUACCACUGAAUGGUAACCAUGGCAACAGCUACAGCAUCGCCAGCGCCGAGUACAUGAGUGACUGUGUCCAGAUCAUCGAUAGGGGCUACAACCACAAGGAGACUACCCUUGAAAAGAAGAUCCUGAAAGAGCUCACCUCCAAUUAUAUCCCCUCCUACCUCAACAAUUCCCACGAGCGCUCGAACGAGCAGAACCGGAACCUCAUGAACAAGCUGGUCAACAACGUUAGCAACGGCGGCAAGGACAGCGGAUACGGGAUGGGCCUGGGAGUGGGGAUGGGCGUGAAUGUUGCACUGGGACUGGACGAUCACUCCACCUUUGUCCCGCACCACGACGAAGGCCUCGGCCUGGAGUUAAUACGCGAGGAGUCCAACGCCCCGCUGUUGCCACAGAAGCCACCCCCGUCCCUGCAGGCAGUGGACAACAUUCACAAUCACCUCCAUCAGUCAGCGCCGCCGACCCUCCCGCUGCCCCACCAUCCGUUCUCCUCCACCACCGCUUCCUCCUCUUCUCGACGGAGGAUCCCCCAGGAGAACAGCGAAAGCUUCUUUCCUUUACUCAACAACGAGCACACCGAGGACGAGGGCUCGACGCCCAGCCACAACCACCAGAGAGACUCCCUCUACACCAGCAUGCCCAUGCUGCCCGGCCUCACCGACGUGUCUGCAGAGUCUGCUGCCGACGGCUCCAAGGAGGGCGGGGACGGCAAGAGCCCGGAGGCCAGCUCAGACGACGUUUACUACAAGAGCAUGCCAAACUUGGGCUCGCGUAACCACCUGCACCAGCUGUACUCCUACUACCAGCUGGGACGAGGCAGCAGCGACGGCUUCAUCGUCCCACCUAACAGAGAGGAUCAGUCUGCAGAAGAGGCCCACCAGGAACCCUCACACCUGGUGACCAGCCUAUAGGUCCAGACACUCCCAACCUUUCCCCUUCACACACCUGUAAUCCCCCGUAGUCCUGUUUUCUCCCCCGUGCUCCCUCGCUCCAUCCGUCGUUGGCAGUGGUAGCCUUUUCUCUUUAUUGUUGUCCCAAAGACUGAUGCAGAGCGGACAGCUGUACUCUUGCUCUUGAAGACCACGGACAGGAUAAUAUUUGCAACGAAAAUGGGGGCUAAUAUGUGACUACAUUUGUUUAGGCAUUGCAGGAUGUUGAUGUCGUGUCCCCCACCACCACCUCUUCUUCCUCCUCCCUCCCACACCUUUAAAAACCCUCUGUGGUUUGACGUGUUUUGUCUCAUUGUGAAAAGAGACAGGAUUUUUAGGUCUAUGCGAUAUAGUCUGACAGUCAAGAGGAACUGGAUAGUCCCAAAGUCUGAGCUAUAGACUUCACCAGAAUAGAUGGGGAAAUUUGAAAAAUGAAAAAAGGACUAUUUUAUUAUACUUCUGUAUCUAUAUUGACUUUUUGAAAGAUUUUCUUCCUCUUUGUUGAGUUGCAGCACAUUUUGUUUGCUGAAGUGUCCCUUCAAUGAAAGAAAAGCUUAGAAAAAAAACUUAAAAAAAACACGCAUUUUGGACAGUUACCAUAAAUGAUUAUUGAUUGUAUGCUUUCAAGCAUAGAUGUUCCUUUUUUCCAUUCAUUUUACUGUAAUAACAGUUGUUAAGAGGGAAAAAAAACUAAUAAGAGGAUUAUGACAUAUUUCUCUGUAACUGUACAGAUAACUAGCAUUGCACAUAAUAGUAUGCUUUUUUUUUUUCCUUUUUGUUUUGUUCUGAGCAAACCUUUUGUCUCUGUAAAUGUAGUGAUUAGGGACAGUUUUGUUCUGUUGUGCUGGCCUCUCUGGAUUUUUGGUACCACUCUGGUUUUCUGUUUUAUCAUUUCCAAGAAAUUACCAUCUAAAUAGAAACAAAGUAACACAAAACACACUUAAUGUCUAGACAUAUCUGUGAGGCGUAUUCACUUUUGUUUUCAGGUCAGUUGUCUGUUUCUAUUUGAUUUCUUCUUCUUCUUCUAUCAUUUCCCCCCUCCCUGUGUAGAUAGAAGAGCUUCAAGGAGACAGAAUGAUGAUGUGUUCCUCUGAAAGGUUUAUAAUGCAUUCUGCAUUUAUAUGGGGAUUCAGAAAACACUUGUCCUUCUCAGAAACCGGACAAAUUGAACCUUGAUGAGCACCAGGCACUUGUCCUAACAAAAAGGUUGGCGGUUUUACUUAUUAAAGAAAGAGCUUUUGGAGCCCGAAAAACUUGAGCGUUUUUCUUUUUCUUCUUUUUCUUCAAGGAGGACAUUUAUUUAUUUAUUUGUUAAAUAAAGGGUUGGGGAAUGAACAAUGAAAGUAAGCAUAGUGGCACAAAGAAGUUUUUAUUAUUGGCUAUAAUAAAUGCUUCUUAUUUAUUUUGUUUUAUUUUAUUUUUUGUAUCAGCUUUCAAGAUGAAUGACCCCAUCAUUGAUAUUUGUUGUAAUAGUGAAGCUUGUUUGCCAACAAAUAAAUGGCUGAUUAAGAUUCAUCACAAAGUUACGACAGAAGUUCUGGUGUGUUGGAAAUUUUUCUAUAUGGAUAAGACAAAAGGACCUCCAAAUUGCAGUUUGAUCAAGUAUUUUGUUUCCUUUUUUAUUUUAUUUUUAAAUCAUAUGUUAAGAUUUCUCAUUAGCACUCUGUCCAUUUCAGUGCCAAGUCAAUUUUGGCCCAGCAACUGUGGAUGUGCUCUGUAUGCUCUGGUCUGCUUAACAAUAGAAGCAGUGAUUUCAUAAGCUGUAAUAAAUAUUUCAAUAUCA